UCCUCAUGAACCUUUGAAUCAGGUACCAAAGCAGUGACGUAACUUCACCACUUUCGAAGCUUCGGACGUCACUGAUCACAUGACUUUUACCAAACGAAUCAAGCUCCGACACAGUGCUUCUGAAACAGUGUAUUGUUUUUUUCAAUACAUGCGCCGAAGCUUCAGCUUCAAACUGCCCAUCACUACUGAACUGUAAUCUCGCGAUACUUCGCGAUACAUGGCCGCCUGCGGUGUUUACAACUUCUUGCAAUGAGCUUGAGCUAAAACAAAAAGUUCCCUCGCCGCACCGAGACAUUAACCAGUUUUAUGGGUUACCUUUACUUUUUUCUGCUAGUAUAAAGAAUAAAGACAGGAUAAAAGAAAUCCAGCGAAGCACCGGACGAACCAGAACGCAGGUAGGUGAUGUCCUCGAACCCCAACAAACUCUGCCAGCCACACUGCAGGAAGAAGCACUAUCCUAGUAGCACCUACCUCACCCACGUCUGACAGCCCACCCACCCCGCCACAGGACACCUAAACACCAGGUGUUUAGCCAAAGCCAUGUGUGACUCAGCUGAAGCAGGUGAUGGUGGAGGUGCAGCGGGUGUGGGGCAGGACACUGAAGCGGACAGCGAGCCCCCUCAUCCGGCCCCAUUUGGACUUUGUGAAUCUGAUUCUCUGGAAAUCGGGGUGACCUCAGAGGAGGGGGUCUCACCAACUGCCAAACGCUUCAAGAUGAGCGAGGAGGAGCUACGACGGGAUGUGGAACCAGAGAAAGCACACGAAGAAACGCCAGCAGAGGAGAACCCCACCUCACCUGCACAAAGAUCAAGAGAAAUUCUGCCGUGUGAGGAGGAGGAAGAUCAAAAAGAUGAAGAGGUCACUGAUGAAGGUGCGUCAGAAUGCCGUCAGAACGGAGAUAAAGGAGCUGACGCUGCAGAAGCGACACCGGAGGAGGAGCAGAACGAAUCAGCAGAGAGCCCUGCUGCAGGGCAGCACCUCGGUCUGGACUUCACCCAGAACCCCACCAUGCUGACGGGUUCCUGGAACGAGUUCUCCAGCGUUCCAGAGAAUUACUUAAAGGGCUGCAAAUGGGCUCCGGACGGUUCCUGCAUCCUGACCAACAGCGCCGACAAUGUGCUCCGCCUCUUCAACCUCGCCCCCGAGAUCUACAGCUACAACUGGGACGUCCUUCCUGAGAUGAGUCCAGUUCUGAGGAUGGCUGAAGGAGACACCAUCUACGACUACUGCUGGUACCCCAAGAUGAACUCGCUGGAGCCGGACACGUGUUU